AUGUCUAGGGUACGGAGACAUAGGCUAGGCAGUGUCUGUCUCUCUGAUACCAAUGCGGUUUUUGCAAUGAAGGUGAUGGAUAAGGCCUCGUUGGCCAGUAGAAACAAGUUGCUGAGGGUUCAGACCGAAAGAGAGAUCCUCCUAUCUCUGCUAGAUCAUCCCUUCUUAUCGACGCUAUAUUCUAACUUUGGGACUGAGACGUUCUACUGCUUUUGA